AUGGUGUUAGGUCUUAGAACAAAGAGCCGCAGAGACAACGGAGUGUUCGUUGAGUAUUUAGUCUCAAUCAAGGAGCUAAAGCCAUGGCCAACGAGCCAAGUCCCUGCACAAUGCGUCCUUCUCAAAUGGGAACACGGAGAGAACAGCUCAGGCUCGUUCAUCGCGGUCGUGGGCAAAGACACGAUCAUGUUCAACGAGUCCUUUAGGCUAACACUAACGUUAGAGCCCAAAGGCGGUGGUGCAGAGAACAAGUUCCAGAAGAAUCUUCUUGAACUUAAUGUCUACGACGCCAAGAAGAAAGAUAAAGGUGUCAAGAACAAGUUUCUUGGCUCGGCCGUGGUCAAUCUUGCGGAUUACGGCGUGUUGACCAACUCUGUCCCCGUUGGAGCUCCGUUUACUUUCAAGAAGAGCUCGAGGAACGAUGCGAACGCUGAGAUUUAUCUAACGAUUGAGCCGGCCGGAGAGGAUGAGGAUGAAGGUUAUCGGAGUAGCUGUUCGUCGCAGCCGAAGAUGAGAGGUUCGGUGGAUAGAGAUGGUAGUGAGUUUAGUUUGGCGUCGUUGACGGACGACGAUGAUGAUGCUUCUUCGGUGUCGUCUUCUACACGACGGGUUUCUUUCUCAGCUAUGUGUGAUGCUAAUCCUAUGAACACUGAGGCGGAGAAGAAUGGAGAAGAGAAGAAAGGUUGGAAACAUGUAACGCUUAAGCACAGCAAUAACGAAGCAGCACUCGUCUCCGAGAUAGAGAAUCUACUAAGAGAAGAAGAAAGAAAAAGACAGAGCAAUCAACCAGUGGUUAUAACCUCAGAGACUGAACCAAAACACAAGAAUAAUACAAAUCCCUUUCUCAAGAAACAGUUCUCUGAGAUCAGUUCCGUUCCUUCUCCGUUACCUCCGGACGCAGCAAGAAAACAGAUGAAACUUCGCACAAACACUCUUGCCUUAGGAAGAAAGACUCUAGGCAUGGAAGGCAUUCCAAGACUCAAACAACUCAAGUCUAUUCAGUUGCAUUUUGACGGAACCGGAACCAAUAAGAGCGCUGAUGAUAGUCGGAAAAAUGCGAAUGGAGUGAGCAACAAGUUAGGUUUAAUAACUCCGCAAGAGCCUAGAACAGAGAUGCUUGAAGAUGAGCUUAAGGAAGCAGCGGCUCUUGAAGCAGCUGUUUACUCUGUGGUCGCUGAGCAUAGUAGCUCAAUGAGCAAAGUUCAUGCUCCUGCUCGCCGUCUCUCUAGGUUUUAUAUUCAUGCUUGUAAAGGAAAUGAUCACUCCAAGAGAGCUUCCGCGGCUAGAGCCGCGGUUUCUGGAUUGAUCUUGGUGUCCAAAGCUUGUGGAAAUGAUGUUCCAAGGUUAACAUUUUGGCUAUCAAAUUCGAUUGUGCUUAGAGCAAUCUUAAGCCGCGGUAUGGAGAAUGUGAGCCUUGUCUCUAGUAAAGCCGGUUCAGAUGAAUGGGAAGAUCCUCGAGCAUUUCUUGCAGCUUUAGAGAAGUUUGAGUCUUGGAUCUUCUCAAGAGUUGUUAAAUCAGUUUGGUGGCAGAGUAUGACACCGUAUAUGCAAUCAGCAGCGGUUAAAGGAUCGAUAUCGAGGAAGAUUUCGGGGAAAAGACGGUUAGGUCACAAGAACCAGGGGCUUUACGCUAUAGAGCUAUGGAAGAAUGCAUUUAGAGCUGCCUGUGAAAGACUUUGCCCACUAAGAGGCUCAAGACAAGAAUGUGGUUGUUUACCUAUGCUUGCUAAAUUGGUUAUGGAACAGUUGAUCAGUAGACUUGAUGUAGCAAUGUUCAACGCCAUACUCCGUGAGUCCGCGGGUGAAAUGCCGACAGAUCCUGUCUCUGAUCCGAUCAGCGACAUUAAUGUCCUUCCGAUUCCUGCCGGAAAAGCAAGUUUUGGUGCCGGUGCGCAGCUAAAAAACGCGAUUGGAACUUGGUCUAGAUGGCUUGAGGAUCAAUUCGAGGAAAGAGAAGACAAAUCUAAUGAGAACCGCAAUAGAAAUGAGAAACUAGAAAGUGAAAAUUUCAGAUUGUUCCAUCUACUUAACUCGUUAGGCGACCUAAUGAUGCUUCCAUUCAAAAUGCUUGCAGACAAAUCCACAAGAAAAGAGGUUUGUCCAACGCUUGGUCCACCAAUAAUCAAGAGAGUUCUUCGAAACUUUGUCCCUGAUGAGUUUAACCCGCACCGAAUCCCGAGAAGGCUAUUCGAUGUUCUGAAUUCCGAGGGCUUAACAGAGGAAGACAACGAUUGCAUCAUAGCCUUUCCUUGCGCUGCAUCACCCACAAUCUACUUAAUGCCAUCUGCAGAUUCCAUAAAAUGCUUCAUAGGAGAGUUGAACAAUCCAUCACUAUCCGAAACCGGAUCAUCGGUGUAUAAGAAACAAUACACAAGCGACGAUGAGCUCGACGACUUGGAUACAUCUAUCAACUCUAUAAUCUCUGCUCCUGGAACAACAACCAGUUCAUCAGAGUGGAUGCCAAAAGGAUAUGGACGCAGAAAGACUGUAAGAUAUCAGCUACUUAGAGAAAUUUGGAAAGAAGAUGGAUUACAAUGA